AUGGUCUCCCGAACACCGCGCAGCGGCCGGCGACUCAUGCACAGUAGCUACAAUCGCAGCGGGAGCAGAACCUACACCCCCCGCAGCAAUCGGGGCACCGACGUGGGCACCUCGCCAUCGCCGCUUCCGUCGCAGAAGAGGCGUCUCGACGGGCUCUACCUCGAAGGGAACUGGUACUGCAACUGCGCGCCGCGGCAUCAGGCAUUGCUUCUCCAGGUGAAGAAGAAGAACGCCAAUCACGGGCGGUUCUUUUACAAGUGCGAGAAGAGGAAGGGCGGCUGCAACUUCUUUCUCUGGGAGGAGGAUGCGAAGAAUCGGGCGGAGACGGCUACUUUGACGCUGCCGCCGAUGCCGACAGACGGCUCCCCAGCCGCCGGCACGACACCGAGCGCGCAGUUUCCGACGCCGAGCACGGCUCCUGCAGCCAGGUCCGGCGUCAAUUCUGCGACCACCGCGCCCCCACCUGACAGGGAAGCGCCGCCGUCGCCCACGACGCAGAAGAGCGCGGCCAGGCAGAAGUUCCUCGACGCCUACUUCUCGGCUCGGCCUCCGCAAGCUGCCACCGAGGCAAGCGGUCCUUUAGAUGAGGCCGGGGCCGAUGCGCCAUCCCACACCGCCAAGAGAAAGCGGGUGAUCUUUGACUUCGAUGUCGACGAUGAGGAGGACGAGUACGGGCUGGGAGACAUGUCGUCGGACGAGGAGAGGGCGAUGAACGAGGCAAUGGAGCGCAGCGCGAAGAAGCUCCGUGAGACAGUGCCGCUGAUGCCGUAUACACCCGUGGCGCAGCGUAUGGCGCGGGAUGCCGCCCUGCCUACGCCGCAGACGGUCACGCGGACGCUUUUCCCCGAUGCCAAGCGCCGGAAGCCCGCCGUCGAGUCCCCGAACGUGUCCUUUUCGACGAAAACGUCCUCCGCGACCGUGGGGCCGUCCUCGUCGCCCGCGUCUAGAGGAGAGGAGCAGCUUGACCCGACGAAGGAGGUCCUGGCGUUGUUGGCGGAGCGGGCGGUCGACGACACCACAAUGCGGAGUGUUGGGGACGUGUUGCGACGGUUCUCGAUGAAGGCCAAAGGGCUGGCCAAGGACGAGAAGAUCGCGGAGUUGCAGGAGAGGGUCGCCAGCCUGGAGGCGCGGAACCGGGCGCAGAGGGAGGAGAUUGCGGAUUUCAAGGCGGGCAUGAUGGAUUUGUACUCAAAGCACUGA